CUGCCCCUCACUGAUGAUCAAUACCCACGCCUGCCACUUCGAUACCCAAUACACAUCUCUUCUAUUUCCUCACACCUCUGGAAGUCACCAGUCGCACUUCACGCAGUCGCUAUCCUUCACCCGCAAGGAGGUCUCUCUCUCGUGCGGGUGUCACGCUCCCUGCAUCAUCACCACCAAUUCUCCUUACCUGACAAGGCAAGCCACACACGCACAAGGCUAACCUUCUUCAAGUCCCUGGCAAUGGCGACGACGACGAGCCACAACAAGAAGUCGUCUGCCGUAAAAAGGAUCCUUUCUGAGGCUAGAGAGCUCGAGGCGGAUGGCAGUGAUGAGUACGAGGCUAGACCUCUCGAGUCGAACAUCUUUGAAUGGCACUUCACGCUUCGAGGGCCUAGCGGAACUGAGUUCGAGGAGGGGCUGUAUCAUGGCAGAGUCUUGUUGCCCGUGGAGUAUCCCUUCCGGCCUCCCGAUUUGAUGCUCCUCACCCCCAAUGGCAGGUGGGAAUGUAACAAAAAGAUUUGUCUCACCUUCACUGGGUACCACGAGUCGAUGUGGCAGCCAGCAUGGGGCAUCCGCACAGCUCUGCUAGGAGUACAAGGCUUCAUGAGUGCCCGAGCAGAGGCCGCUACAGGCGUCGCCUCGGUAGACUACCCCAUUGAGGAGCGGAUCCGUCUGGCAAAGAAAUCUCGCGGGUGGACCUGCUCCGACUGUGGCAAGUCCAAUGUGGAGCUUCUGCCCGAUGGAGAUCCGGACAAGAGCAGGAAGAAGGAGGAGCUACCGGAAGGCCUAGUGGUAGAUGCUGCUGGAGGGAAGGGAGGGGAGCAUGCUGAAGGCGGGACGGAGGCGGCUGGUAGUGGGCUAGCUGCUCAGGCUUCGCAGAGUCAAGCAAUGGCAGCUUCUCCGAGCGAACAGGGCCAGGGCGUUGCAUCGGCUUCGGCUAUGCUAGCCAGCGUAUCCUCAGAGCUACCACAGGCUAUUAGCAGCUCGAGUCUCGCUGCCACGGCUCUCCCAGAUGACGGCGGCAGUAGCGCUAGUCUCCUCCCAGCGGAUCAAAGCAUGCAAAGGGAGGCCUCAUCUACCUCGCGACACUCCAUGCCAAGCGCAUCUUCUGGAUCCUCUACGCUCUCUGGUGACCAGCCAAAGUCCACGCCUGCGUACCGAGGCCAAGUCACGAAUCAAUCUCCAGCGCCGACGCCUCCUCAGCCUCGAGCCCACAGCUCCUCCCUCUCACCACUACAGCGAGCUCCUCCUCCUCCUCCUUCUUCCCAAAGUCAACACUCUCCUCGACUACAAGCACCUCAACCGCCUCCUCUCUCCAUCCCACCCCCAACUCCCGCAACUCUCCGGCCCGUUCCACCAGGCGGACCCGACACCUCUCCAGACGGGCAGCCCUUACCUCCUCUCCCACUCAUCAGACGCGGGGUACCCGCUGAGGACCUUCCCGCUCCCAGGAGACCUACACGCUCUGAAGCGAGGGUGGCGCAACUCGAUCGUGCCAUCUUGACAGUGGUACUGCUGCUGUGUGGACUUGUGGUCAGAAGGUUGAUUUGAGGAUAUGAAGGAAUUGGAAGAGCGAUAGCGGUAGUAGAGGCUAGCCGCUCUGGAUAGGCAGGAAGGCAGGCAGGCAGGCAGGCAGGCAGGCAGGCAGGCGGGCGAAAUGAGAUGGGUCAAAGUCCCACAAGGCGCGCCCCCCAAGUCCAAUCUCGACGAUCGUGCUCCUCUCGAUGUCCUCCUUCCUUUGGUCGGCUACUUCCAUUAGAUCAUGCCUGUGAUCCUCGUCUUGUUGUCCAACUUGUUUCACACGCUUCCAGUCCCGAGGCCGCCAUUGGUCAGUCCGUCGAUCAGUCGAUCAGUCAGUCAGUCAUCCAUCUAGUCUUGAUUAAUACCAUAUUCUCAUCUUCGCAUCGC